AUGGAUUCGUCCCGCGGGCCCCCAAGGGUCAAGAACAAGGCCCCCGCGCCUCAACAGAUCUCUGCUGAGCAGCUCCUGCGUGAAGCGGUCGACCGCCAGGAACCCUCGCUGCAAGCUCCAACACAGCGGUUUGCCGAUCUCGAGGAGCUCCAUGAAUACCAAGGCCGGAAACGCAAGGAGUUUGAAGACUAUGUUCGCCGCAACAGGAUUAAUAUGAACAACUGGAUGCGGUAUGCGCAAUGGGAGCUGGAGCAGAAAGAAUAUCGCCGCGCGAGAUCGAUAUUCGAGCGUGCAUUGGAUGUCGAUUCCACGUCCAUCGUCCUUUGGAUACGGUAUGCCGAGGCGGAAAUGAAGAACCGGAAUAUCAACCAUGCCAGGAACCUGUUUGACCGAGCCGUGACGAUUUUACCACGUGUGGAUAAGCUGUGGUAUAAAUACGUGUAUAUGGAGGAGAUGCUGGGGAAUAUUGCGGGGACUCGACAGGUGUUUGAGCGGUGGAUGUCGUGGGAGCCGGAUGAGGGAGCUUGGAACGCGUACAUCAAGCUGGAAAAACGAUACAACGAGCUGGACCGAGCCAGGGCGAUUUUCCAGCGGUUCAUUACAGUCCACCCUGACACAAAGAACUGGAUCAAAUGGGCUCGGUUUGAGGAAGAGAAUUCCACCAGUGACCUUGUUAGGGAGGUGUAUGGAACUGCAGUUGAAACGCUCGGGACGGAUUUUAUGGACGAAAAGCUUUUCAUUGCCUAUGCGCGAUACGAGACGAAACUGAAGGAGUACGAACGAGCAAGGGCGAUCUAUAAGUUUGCUCUCGACAGAUUGCCACGUUCGAAGUCUGUUGCUCUACAGGGCGCCUAUACGGUGUUUGAGAAACAGUUUGGCGAUCGCGUGGGCGUUGAGGAGGUGAUUCUGUCGAAGCGGAGAGUCCAGUACGAGGAGCAAAUCAAGGAAAAUCCAAAGAACUACGAUCUCUGGUUUGACCUAACACGUCUGGAGGAGGCGUCUGGAGACGUGGACCGGAUUCGAGAGACAUACGAGCGGGCCAUUGCUCAGAUACCGCCAUCUCAAGAGAAACGGCACUGGCGACGCUACAUAUACCUCUGGAUCUUCUACGCCGUGUGGGAGGAAAUGGAGAAUCAAGAUAUAGAUCGCGCGCGGCAGAUAUACACCGAAUGCUUGAAAUUAGUUCCCCACAAGAAGUUUACGUUUGCCAAGAUAUGGCUUCUUAAAGCACAGUUUGAGAUACGGCAGCUUGACCUCGCUCUGGCGAGGAAGACGUUGGGCCAGGCGAUCGGGAUGUGUCCCAAGGACAAACUAUUCAGGGGCUAUAUCGACAUUGAGCGUAAGCUGUUUGAGUUUUCGCGGUGCCGGACACUGUUCGAGAAGCAGAUUGAGUGGAAUCCCUCACAGAGCGAGUCAUGGAUCAAGUUCGCUGAACUAGAAAGAGGCCUCGACGACGUGGAACGCGCCAGGGCGAUUUUCGAACUAGGGAUCAACCAACCGGCACUUGACAUGCCCGAACUUCUGUGGAAAGCGUACAUCGACUUUGAGGAGUAUGAGGAGGAAUACGACCGCACUAGGAGCCUGUACGAGAGACUCCUGAAGAAGACGGACCACGUCAAGGUCUGGAUCAACUAUGCGCGAUUCGAGAUCAAUAUACCUGAGGCGGACGACGAAGAAGAGGGAGAAGAAGAAAACGAGAAGCCAGUGUCUGAGGAAGCGAAGAGCCGAGCUAGGAAGGUCUUUGAGCGGGCCAACCGGGUGAUGAAAGAAAAGGAUCUGAGAGAAGAGCGUGUCGCACUCCUCAAUGCAUGGAAAGCGUUCGAGCACACGCACGGCUCUCCCGAAGAGAUCAGCAGUAUAGAGAGGCAGAUGCCACGGAAGGUGAAGAAGAAGCGCAAGGUGGACGACGACAGGUUCGAGGAGUACAUAGACUACAUGUUCCCUGCCGACGACGAGUCGACCGCGAUGCUCUCGAACCUGCUCUCGACAGCACGGCGGUGGAAGCAGGAGCAGACUCAAGCAGGCCACAGUUAG